AUGUUUUCCACUGUGUACAUCCGCGCAUCCACGGAAAUACAGUAUAAAAUGCCAGGAAACUUAAAUAAUGCAAAAACACGAGAACUCAUUCAAACUCGACACUGUGUAGAACUAAAGCCACCUAGAGAUGCUCGCAAAUGUGUAAAGAGAAUCUCGCAAGAACUAACAGGAACCCCUCCAACAGGAAUCCCCCAGCAGGAACUUUUAUCAAGAAACUCCAACAGAAUCCCCCAACGGGAACCUUCACCAAAAAGCCCAACAGCAAUCCCCACUAACACCCCCCCCUCCAACAGGAACCCCUCCAACAGGAACCUUCACCAAAAAGCCCAACAGCAAUCCCCACUAACACCCCCCCCUCCAACAGGAACCCCUCCAACAGGAACCUUCACCAAAAAGCCCAACAGAACCCUCCAACAGGAACCUUCACCAAAAAGCCCAACAGCAAUCCCCACUAGCCCCCCCCCCCCAACAGAAACCCCUCCAACAGGAACCUUCACCAAAAAGCCCUAA